AUGGUGGAUGGGAAGCCUAGUUUAACUAGUAGGACUUGGAGUCAGGAUGCUUGUGUAGAUGCUGCUACUAGAAUGAUAGUGAUAGAUGAGCUUCCUUUCAGUGCCAUUGAAAGGCCUGGAUUUAGGCACUUUUGUGAAGUUGCUGUUCCUAGAUUUGAGGUGCCAUAUACAUGGACUAGUUGUCAAAACAUCAAUUACAUGGUCAUUACAGCCCAUUUUAUAGACUAUGGUUGGAAAAUGCACAAAAGAGUUUUAAAGUUUUGUGUAAUUCCAAACCAUCAUGGCAACACUAUUGGUAAAAUAGUAGAGAAUGCCUUGAUUGAGUGGACAAUUGAUAGAGUUUUGACAAUUAGUGUAGACAAUGCAGCUGCAAAUGGGGUUGCUAUUGAGUACGUUAGGAAGAAAAUGUUAACUUGGGAUAGGAAACCAAUUUGUGGAUGCAAGUUUAUGCAUGUGAGAUGCUUAGCUCACAUUGUGAAUUUAAUUGUGAGGUCUGGUUUGCAUAUAAUGGAGAGGUCAGUAGCUUCAAUUAGGAAUGCUAUUAGGUAUGUGAGGAGUUCUCAGGCUAGAACAGAUGCAUUUAAGGUUUGUAUGGAACAAACCAAGGUAGAGUGUAAAAAAAUUUGCAUUUUGGAUAUUCCAACAAGGUGGAAUUCCACCUACCUGAUGUUGGGCACAAUUUUGGAGUUGAGGAAGGCAUUUGAUAGGAUGGCAGAGGAUGAAGAUGUGAAAGUUUUCUAUCAAGUCACAGUGAAUGUGAGUGCUUCACUGCACCCUACUUCACAGUUGGCUUUCCAUGACAUUGUAGCCAUUAAGGUUGAGAUUGAUGAUCUGUUUUAUAAGCCAAUAGAUGGAGAGUCAACUGAGACUGAUAAGCUGCUAUUUCAGAUGGCAAACAAGAUGAGAAAAAAGUAUAGCAAAUACUUUGAUCAGUUAGACGACAUCAAUAAGCUUUUUCUUGUAGCAGUUGUGUUGGACCCUAGGUACAAGCUGAGGUACUUUGAAUUCAAUUGUGACAAUAUGCUUGGGUUAGAUAGGUCAGAGAUCAAAAGGAGGUCAGAUGAUGUGAAAGAGCUGUUAGUUAACCUCUGUGACCUAUAUGCAGCAUCAAUGGGUGUACAGGGUUCACAAAAGUCAAGAAGUGGAGAGAGUACAACUAUGGUUAUUUAG